AUGGCACCUCUGAAAGUUCUCAUCGUUGGAGGAGGCGUUGCAGGUCCCGCUCUGGCCUUCUGGCUAUCUCGUAUUGGGCAUCAAGUCAUCGUCGUUGAACGAUUCCCCGCCUUGAGAGCCUUAGGCGCCCAAAUCGAUCUUCGGGGACAGGGUAUCGAGGCUGCCAAGCGCAUGGGGCUUAUUGAGGCCAUUCGCAGCAAACUUGUCGACGAGGAGGGGAUGUCCUUCGUUGAUACCAAUGGAAAAGUCAAAGGAACCAUUCCGGCCAAUAAGUCGGGGAAAGGAGCACAAUCUCUGACCUCUGAGUAUGAGAUUAUGCGAGGAGAUCUUGUUCGAAUUUUCUACGAAGCAACAAAAGACAGAGUACAAUAUAUCUUUGGCAAAACGGUUGAUCGUUUCACACAAGAUGACGAAAAAGUCACCGCGCAGUUCUCGGAUGGCACAACCGACACGUUUGAUAUUCUCGUUGGAGCCGACGGCCAGGGCUCACGAAUCCGAAAAGACAUCUUACCCCCUGAUUCCCCAGAUCCGUAUCGCCCACUGGGGUUGCACAUGGCUUACUGGUUCAUUCCUCGAGACGAAACUGACAGUAGCAUUUGCAGCUCCUACCUCAGCCCCGGCGGCCGAAUGAUCAUGCGAAGAAGUCACAGUGCCACCGAAUCGAAUGUGUGUUUCUUCCUGAGAUCGGCCUCCGAUGAAUUGCGAAGUAUCCCAAGAGCAUCGAUCGAACAACAAAAGGAGUUCUGGACGCAGAAAUUCCGCGGCGCGGGAUGGCAAACCGACCGCUUCCUGGAGGGCAUGAAGACGACCGAAAAUUGGUUUUGUCUAGAUCUCGUCCAAAUCAGAACAGACACCUGGCAUUCGGGCCGGGUUGUACUUCUCGGUGAUGCGGCGCAUUGCCCUUCUCCACUGACCGGCAUGGGAACUACCAGCAGCUUAGUGGGAGCAUAUGUUCUGGCUGGCGAGAUCGCGCGCAAUAGCGAUGAUAUGUCUCAGGCAUUUAGAACAUAUAACGAGAAACUUCGACCGUUGGUCAAUGAGGUUCAGGAUGUCAACCUGUUGUUGCUGAGAUUGGCUGUUCCGGACUCCCAGUGGGCGAUCUCUAUUAUCCACUUUAUCUUUGGGAUCAUCUGUUUCUUUCGGAUACCUGAGCUUAUAUCCCGUUUCUCGAAUGAUAGAGAUGGAGGCUGGAAAUUGCCUGAUUAUCCAGAGCUGGAACUGGGUGAUGAAACUGCUGCACCCAGAGGUCACGGACCGCUAUGA